AAAUGUCUUGAAAUUGAUGUUAUAAAACCGUCUUUAUCGUUAAUUAACAUUAACCUUGAUCCAAUAGAUCUAAAUUCAAAGCAAAUUUACUGUACAGACUCAGUAUUGUACUGAAGUUUAUACAGAAUUGAAUGUAAUAAAAUCGUUUACAUUAUGCAACAACAUCCUAUCAGUUAACUUUCCAAUAUUAGCCCGGGAAAUGAAAACUUUUAUCUGUGUCAAACGGAACGGUUUGGUUUUAAGUGUUCUCGUGUGCAGUUCAGCUCCAACUUUCGUUCUUAUCAUUAACAAACAAAUCUCGCUUUCAUCGAAUGUGCGCGACGGCAAUCAUUUCUACACACAAGUAAUCAAUUGCCUUUGGCUAGCAAUAAUGGCAACCAUACCCUUGCACCAUCCGACUAUUCCUGUUCUAGCGGCGAUUCCUGGUCCAGUUCGUGAUGGUUUCGAGCUUCGAAUUUGUGGCCGGUUGAAUCAGUUCGUUGGCAUGUUCAACAUCAAUCUCCAGACGGGGGCAGCUAUAGCACCACGAGAUGACGCACCUCUGCACAUCAGCAUCAGGCCGGCACAACGCGUAAUGGUCCGGAACAACUACAGGAAGGGCUGCUGGGGCCCGGAAGAAAGAGACGGCCAGUGUCCACUGAUGGCCGGUGACUCAUUCGUUCUUACCAUCUCGGUGAAGGUCAAUUGGUUCGAGAUCAAAGUUAAUGAUCGAUUUUUCUGCCGGUUUACUCAUCGUUUUCCCGCCUCCGGUAUUCGAUUCCUGCAUCUGGAAGAUGGGGCCUCGAUCGAUUACAUUACAAGCAACGUGGUUAAAACGGAAAUGUCGAUGAUGAUUCCCGUGUACAAUCCUGUAAUUCCUUUCCUGGGUCAGAUUCCUAACACGGUGCGUAUUGGAUUCAAGUUAAAAAUCCGGGGCCGACUCAACCAUUUCGUCGAAAUGUUUAACAUUAAUCUGCAGGUGGGCCCGGCGGUGAAACCCCGCGAUAACGCUCCUUUGCACAUCAGCAUUCGACCCAAGCAGACCAAACUGAUUCGAAAUACCUUUUGGAAUGGUCAAUGGGAACAGGAGGAAAGAUCCGGUAUUUGUCCGAUUGCUGCUGGGCAACAGUUUGAGUUGGAAAUUGAACUGAAAGAUGCGCACUACAAGCUUACGGUCAAUGGGAGAAUAUUUUGUACAUUUUCGCAUCGCUUUCCGGCCACCAGUGUGAGAUUUCUAUCUAUUGGAGAAGGAGCCUCGAUAGACGCUAUUAUGUAUCACUUUUAGGCCGGCUUUUCUGACAUUUUCUAUCAAAUUAUAAAUCCUUCUGAAUUCUGUGUGAAAUAUUUAUUUUAUUUUAUUUUCGGCUAUCAUAAAUUUAUCAGUUUUAGUUUAGCUUAAAUUGGGCUGAGUAUAAUGUGUCAAUAAGCUACUUAUAAACGAACGAAAAGAAAAAAAAAUCUUCAACACAAACACACAAUAAUUGUUAUCCAGCCAAUAAUCGCUUCUCCAAAUCGCGUAACAAUGCCACUUUGUUUUCCUUUAUCACAAAUCGAAUAAAUGUAAAACGAAAAUCAAUUGUCACGAUACAGCUUAAUAAUCUAAACAGGGAACUGUACAAUGAACGAUUCCUUUUAUUUAAAAAAACCAAAUGUGUUCCUAGAAUAUAGCAUAAUUUUGGGCACUGAAAAGAUGGAUACAACGAAACAACUUUGCAGAAGCACAUUUUAAAUAUUUUUCUUCCGGUUAUUUUUUUUUAACUGUUUCAAUUUACUUUUUUUAGUUGAACAUUCACAUCUGAUCGGAACCUUGGUUACAGCUUUGUCCAGCAUAAUGUGUAAUUCCAAAUCUUGCACUAGCACUUAAAUUAGUUCUUCUAUAGUAUUUUCUAAUGCAUACAUACCUGACAUUUCCGCGCAUACAAACCUAGGUUGAGCAUAGCCCUCAAACAUUCAUCCACCCAGUCGCACUUGACUCGUUCUCUCGUUACUGUUUGAAAGUGGUUCCGUUAGUUCCACACUUGUGUUGGGCCGCGUGUAAUUUUUGUUUUUAUUCCUGUUUAGUUGGUAACCUACUACGUUAAGCAUGCAUCAACUCAAACGAUUAUCUCCGUGCGUACGCCGAUACGUACUCCCGCACCUUUGCCUGGAACUUGUCCUUGUCCUUGGAGUACUGUUCGGCCGCUUCGAUGUUGAGCGGGUCGUCGAAGUUGAGGAGGUCCUGUGGGCAGGAAGAGGCGAGAGAUGUUACGUCUGACUUUGAGCAAAAGUUAUAAAGACUAGAACAUUAGCAAAAAGUUUCCUUAUCAUUGUUUCUAGCGGCCUCAACUCAACGGAAGCCUAUAGGUACAAAGAUACGCAACUUUCGCUUAGGGUUUUGCUGGUUAUCGACUGGCUAUUGGAAAAUUGUCUCCAAUCUAAAAUCUAGAACAAAAUACUCCUUUUGACAGAAAUACUAGGAAUUAAAUAGCACCUUCAGUUACGUGAUUAAUUUUAAGGAUACAC